AUGGCGAAAUGGACAAUGUGUUUGGUUAUGUUUCUGCUGAUAGUUGAGGGGUCUUACAUUGAAGGUAAUGUACAGAAACUACUUUUACUUCUUCAAACAACAUCAUACUUUUCUUGCUAGUAUCUGGUGUCUGUUCAGUAUAGACAGAGACCAAAAUUUUAUAUCUGCAAGGCGCAGCAAUACACCAAUGGUUUAAACUUUGACUGCAUAUCAAAAUAGAUUUUGUGGAGGGAAGUUCGUAGAGAACAAGGACAUAAAAAUGCUUUACAGUUGUUACUCAAUGAGACUUUCUGUUUGUUUGCAGAGAUGAUUGAAAAAACCAUUUGGACAGAUUCAGACAUCACUCCAAUGUGCACCAACGACACGGUGGAUUUCAUCAUUAUGAUAAUUUGUAAGAUCAGAGCAGAGAGACAUGGAGAAGGAUGUCUUCUGAGCUAUAGCCCUCACCAUGGCUUUGAGCACACCUGUAGCUCCAGAUUUAGAUUAUUGACAGAGAAUCAGACUGUGUCUCUUCAUUUGAUGAAUUUGACCCCAGAAGACAGUGGAAACUACAGCUGUCAGUGUUCUCAUUCUGGAGGGACAUAUAUCAGACAUCUGAGUCUCACUGUGAAAGGUAAACACUCAUAUUUUCUCUUACACUUUGGCUAAAUUUAGGCCACUUUUAUCAUGGCUCUAUGAUAGCUUGUUUGUUCUUAACUUUGUGUACUAUUCCUGUGAAUGAAGUUGAAUUUCAUGUUAACCAUGCAGGGUUUUAUUCAGGUCUUUAACAAGCUUUAUGCUGUCACUCUCUGAAUGUUUUAGAGGCAAAUGAUGUCAGGAGUUGCUCACUUGUUCCAGUUUUUACUCUGUUGGUUGUGAACACAACCAUCAUUGUCACUGGAAUCAUCCUUGGGUUUCUCUACAGGAGGAUGUGUAACAGGUUAGAGAUGACUGUAAUGUUUGUAUAACCCUCUUUUGACUGGAUGCAAAGUAGCUGCUUUGUGGUUUUCUGUUUUCAUGUGAGGUCUAAUCUUCCACCGGUCAAGUCAGGCUCAAUUGCUCUUAAACACUCUGUGACAUUUUUCAACCUUUGGUUAAAAAUCUUGGAAUAAAAAUCAAGAUUCAAUCGUACCUUAUUGUUACAGGAAACCAUCAGAGCCACUUGAGAGCAGCCCUCCAAACAUGGUAAUGUAUAGAUAUUAUUUUCAUUUCUGCAUUUUAGCUUUCAUAAAUUGAUUUUUAGACUGUUUUUCUUUCUGUAGGAGCCUGAUGACACUGAGCUGUACAGCUCACUCAAUCAGAGAGAGAUUGGACUUUACUCCACUCUUGAAAUACACGUCUGCAACACAAACACAGAUUAGAAAGUGUUUUAAAUAUUCUUUACUUUGUUUUUAAUUUGAUGCACAUUUAUGAUCUGCAAUUGUGCCUUUAGGAGAGAGGCCAUCUCUUUAUGAAGUAGGUAAAACUGUCCACAAGAUGGCACUGUUUUGUUUUUUACUGUAAAGUUUCUACUCUCUGUUUGCAUCCCUGUGUGGGUGUCACUGUAGCAGCAAAUGUAGAUCUAUGUAUUCUUCAUAUUAGUAGUGUGUAGUAAUAAACUUUCUCUGUAGUUAUGAUGUAGAAUAAACAAGCUAUGUUACAAAUAAAGCAUUUAGCAAAUUUUUGAAGUAGUUUGGUUUUGUUUUGACACAAUUACAUCAGAAAAUAAGGUCACAUUUAUGUGUUUUGUAAAGCUCCUGAAAAGGCGUUAAGUUUGUGUUGAUUUUGUCUUGUCAUUGUGUUUGUCAUAAUUUUUUCCAUUUUGGUAUUUAAAGUUGAAUUUAAGGCAUUUGUAUUAAUUUUAGCAAAAAUCUAACCACAGGAGCUUUAAUCCUGUCUUAGUGUGUAUAAGGGCAGGAUACCUUCAGUUUCCUUGCAACAAUAGAAAAGUGCGCUGUGUGAAAAUGACACAGUGCUCUACUUGUUACAAGGGGGUGAUAUCAUCAUUUCAUCGAUCUGCAGAGACCACAGCGCUCUGCGUUCACCGCUCAAGCUCAGGCCUCUAAAAAUACCACAGACACAAAAACAUCUCUGUCAGUUUCGGCAGGUUGAACUUCCUCUUGACCUACAAAUUCUCAAACUGAAGUAGAUCAAGUUGACGUUGGUGAGACUCAUUUCACACCAGAGCCAGAGAAACUAACAAGGAGAAGAUGUUACCUUAUGAAAGCAGAAGCUUCUGAAGGAGCGGUUCCUUCAUAGACCAGAGGCUUCACAAGAGUUUGCAGCAGAAUAAUAGUGCAGUGAGUCUCCUUUCUGUGCAGUUUUUGGUGCAUUUUUUCUUCAGUGUGCAUCAUUUUUCUUCUUGACCACGAUGGCGAAAUGGACAAUGUGUUUGGUUAUGAUCCUGCUGAUAGUUGAGGGGUCUUACGUUGAAGGUAAUGUACAGAAACUACUUUUACUACCUCAAAUAACAUAGUAUCUGGUCUCUUUUCAGUGUAAAUAGAGACAAAAUUUUAUAUCUGCAAGACGCAGGGAUACACUGAUGGUUUAAACAACAGAAAAUCUUUUGUGGAGAAAAAUAACUGGAGAACAAGAAAAUGUAAAAUACAUUACAGUUGUUACUUAAUGGCCCUUUCUGUUUGUUUGCAGAGACGAUUGAAAAAACCAUUUGGACAGAUUCAGACAUCACUCCACUGUGCGCCAACGACACGGUGGAUUUCAUCACUAUAUUAGUUUGUAAGAUCAGAACAGAGAGAAAUGGAGAAGGAUGUCUUCUGAGCUAUAAACAUGACCAUGCUGUUGAGCACAACUGCAGUUCUGGAUAUAGAUUAUUGACAGAGAAUCAGACUGUGUCUCUUCAUUUGAUGAAUUUGACCCCAGAAGACAGUGGAAACUACAGCUGUCAGUGUUCUCAUUCUGGAGGGACAUAUAUCAGACAUCUGCGUCUCACAGUGAAAGGUAAAUACUGAUAUUUGCUCUCAUACUUUGUCUAAAUUUAGGCCACUUUUAUCAUGGCUCUAUGAUACCCUGUUUGUUCUUAACUUUGUGUACUAUUCCUGUGAACAAAGUUGAAUGUCAUGUUAACCAUGCAGUGUUUUAUUCAGGUCUUUUUACAAGCUUUGUGCUGUCACUCUCUAAUUUUUUAAGUGGCAAACCAUGUCAAGAGUCCCACACUCAGUCCACUUCCUACUCUGCUUGGUGUGACCACAAUCAUCAUUGUCACUGGAAUCAUCCUUGGGUUUCUCUACAGGAGGAUGUGUAACAGGUAAGAGAUGACUGUAAUGUUUGUGUGACCUCCUUUUGACUGGCUGCAAAGUAGCGGCUCAGUGGUUUUUUGUGCACGUAUUGCAGGACAAAAAGAAACAUGUUGUUUAUAGCUUUAAGCCACUUCCUGUUGGUCUCAAUGUUGUACCAAAACGAAAAAAACCCUCAAGGUUGUGCUGUUGUUCUACACGCUUGUGUGACAUUGCCUGGUAUGUUUAUGCAUGCAAAAGCUGAUCUCCCUCCUGUCAGGUCAGGUUCAAUUGCUCUUAAAAACUCUGUGACAUUUGAUUUUUAACUUUUGGUUAAAAAUCUUGGAAUAAAAAUCAAGAUUCAAUCUUACCUUAUUGUUACAGGAAACAAGCAGAACCACUCGAGAGCAGCCCUCCAAACAUGGUAACGUACAGAUAUCAUUUUCAUUUCUGCAUUUUAGCUUUCAUAAACUACUGAAACUAGAUUUCUCUUUCUGCAGGAGCCUGGUGACAUUGAGCCGUACGGCACAUUCAUACAGAGAGAGAGCGGACUUUACUCCACUGUCAAAAUACAAGUCUGCAACAAAAUCGCAAAUUAG